CUUUUGGUUCCCCCCAGGGCUAUGGCGAAUGCGUCCCUGCUGCUCCUGCUGCGCUCCUUGAACACGAGCGCCAACACUUCCGACGCCGACUGCGAGGAGGAAGACCCCUACAGGUGCACCUUCAAUGAGGAGUUCAAGUACAUCCUCCUGCCCAUCUCCUACAGCCUCGUCUUCGUGGUGGGCCUGUGUCUCAACCUGCUGGCCCUUUACAUCUUCCUCUUCCGCAUCAAGACUUGGAAUGCCUCCACCACCUACAUGUUCAACCUGGCUGUGUCGGACACCUUGUACGUGAUCUCGCUGCCGCUCCUGGUCUACUACUACGCCAAGAGGAACCACUGGCCCUUCAGCGUGGGCUUGUGCAAGAUCGUCCGCUUCCUCUUCUACACCAACCUCUACUGCAGCAUCCUCUUCUUGCUCUGCAUCAGCAUCCAUCGUUUCAUGGGCAUCUGCUUCCCGUUGAAGUCCCUGGAGUGGGGACAAGUCCGCUACGCCCGCUGGGUCUCGGCCACCGUCUGGGCGGUCGUCAUCGCCUGCCAGUCACCCGUGCUCUACUUCGUCACCACCAGCCCCCGGUGCGACAAGAUCACCUGCCACGACACGUCGGCGAAGGACCUCUUCGGGGACUUCAUCAUCUACAGCACCGUGAUGCUGGUCCUUCUCUUCUGCAUCCCCUUCCUGGUCAUCAUCGUCUGCUACUCCCUGAUGGCUCGCCGGUUGCUCCAGCCGACUCGUGGCACCACCCGAAUGUCCAGCUCCAAGAAGAAGUCGGUCAAGAUGAUCGCCGUUGUCCUGGCGGUCUUCAUCAUCUGCUUCUUGCCCUUCCACAUCACUCGGACCUUAUACUAUUACUUCCGCGACUGGGACCUCAGCUGCGCCACUCUCGACGCCAUCAACUUGGCAUACAAACUCACCCGGCCCCUGGCUAGCACCAACAGCUGCCUGGACCCCAUCUUGUACUUUUUAGCAGGGCAGAAGUUUGUGAAAUUUGCUUGCCCCAAAACGCCGGGGCCGGGCGAGAACCAGACAACCUCGAACACCACCGUCAAUUGCCGCUUGCGGGCCAGAGACCAGUUAGCGAUGAAAGCGAAACGCAUCGUGUCAUAGGCGUUGACAUUUCUGCCUUCGCUCAUCUGCAAAGUAUUACUUAUCUGUCUGUGUUGGUUGGGAAAAGUUCCAUGUUGCAGGGAGAAGGGUUUGGUUCUCGACCUGUGAGACGCCGGAAGUGUAUUUUCAACCUGCAUCUGCAAGAAGUGGUUCGAAAAGUGAUGGACACAUCACUUUUUCCUUUCCCCAACACUUGUUGUUUUGGAAGCUAGGUACUAUAUUAAGCGUGUUGUCUAAUCUGACAGCGGCACAAUAGACACUGAGUUGUGUGAAUAGGGAAUCCUACACAAGGUGUGUAGUGAGAGGCAAUGUAGCGUAAUGGACGAAGGACUGGGUUUAGACCCACUGAAUACAAGCAGUGUAUCAUGUGGAAAAAUUCUUUCUAGACUGCACCACUUCAGUUUGCAUUGGCGGGGUGUGCGUGUCACAAGUCCGAAUGCUAAAACAUUACUCUUCCACAACCAACGAAACCUACAGAGCUGCUGUAUACAGAGUCAGACCACUGGUCUAUCUAACCCAGUAUCAACAAGUUUUACUGGGGCUGGAUCUACAUUGAUCUGCUAAACCUUUUUUUAAAAAAUAAUGUUCUGUAAUGCUGAAUAGCAGUUUCCCAUUGCUGAUGGCUCUCUGCUCUGCAGCGCCCUCUGGGGGACAAAUUUUAAUAACACAUUUUAAUGUUAUAAACGACGUGUGUAGAUCCACCAAGGGAUUUCAGGUCGAGAGCUUUCCCCAAGCCUACUUGGAGAUGUCAAAGCUUGAACUUGGGACUCUAUGGUCCUAGAAAGAAACUCUGGCAUCUAGUUUUCAAUACAUGGGAAAUCUUUUAUUUAGGUGAACAUUCAGCAUUGCACCCGCCCAACCAAACAUCUGCAGCUCGAAGCCAUACAGUCCAGAAAUGGUUUCAUCAUUUCGUCUACCGUUUGGUCAGACCACAGCUGCCCCCUUCCUUGUUUCCUAGAAAGGGCUCACCGGGUGAGGCAGAGCUGCUAUACUAACUUCCCAGCAGAUGGCUAUAUUAUUGUUAUUAAUAUUAUAGAUGCAAGAGCAACCUCAGACCAGCUUCCUGUGAGCCCCACUUACUCCAGGCCAGUCCCAGCCAGCGGCAACCCUCAUACAGACAACCAUUUAGUUAGACCCCACUCUCAGUAUCCUUGAGCAAGCUUUGGCCUCUCAUCCUGACGCACCUCGCAGGGUUGUCAUGAGGAUAAAAUGAGCCCCACGCUUUCUGCCCUGGCUGCUUGUGUUUUCUCUCAUUUAAACCCAAUGUCUAGAUGCUGCCUGCCUUUCUGGGCAAAACCUUCCCAUGCUCACCCAUGCUUUCCUCCCAUAACCUCCAGGCUUGACUACUGUGAUGCACUUUACGUGGGGCUGCCCUUGAAGGUAAUUUGGGAACCGACGCUGGCGCAGGAUGCUGCUGGCUGUCUCUUUGCAGAUUGGUCCGCCUCCCAAGCCCGAGCGAAGGUGCUGGUUUUUAACCUACAAAGCCCUUUGUGGGCCUGAAGGAACACCCCUCCCCGAAUCAGGUGUAGUGGUUAAGAGCAGUAGUCUUGCAAUCUGGGGAACCGGGUUUGCUUCCCCGCUCCUCCACAUGCAGCUGCUGGGUGACCUUGGGCC